GGUGGGGACGGAAGUUGUCACAGCAGCGUAGCGUCGCGUCGCACAGUGGGACUUUUGAUUGAGUUUCGGGCACCCGAUGCGACAUGCAUAACAAUUAAUUAGUCGGGUGUAUUGUGUGCGUGUUACAUUUGGUUGCUUGGUCGGACCGACAGACAGACAGCGGGAAGAUUGAGUAAUUUAAGCAAUGAUUACAACAAAAUACAAGAGUGGAAAACAGAAAACAGAAGACAGAUUGCAAAUCCGUUGGACAGUGUCCAUUUAUUUUUUUUAUUUUAUUUGUUUGUUGACUUUGUCAUCAUGCAGUUUGGCCGAAUUUAUUCAAAUCAGUUGAAUUUCGUGUGAGGAAGCGUGAGGUGCUUUUUUUUAGCCAGUGUAAAGUCGAAAAUCGGAGUGGACAACAAUUAACUUAAAUCGCAGCAGUUGCAAUGGGCAAAUACGUCUUAAUUGCAGUCGCUUUAGUGUGUCUGCAGCUGCCGGCGAUGCAAGCGACGCUUUACGAGGCCUUCGAUUUUUCCAACGUCGAUUUGGUGAAUUUUGAAUACUUUAAGAAUCUGGCAUCUCAGGAUCCACGCACCGCAGCUCAAGCAAAUCCCCUACUGGAACACUUUCAGAAAAAGAAAGCCGUUUUGGAUUAUAUAGAGCGUUUGUUCUUUGGAAAUUCUCCUUUCCAGCAACCCAGCGAAAUUCCCUUCGAUCCACAUUUUGGACGCGCCUGGCGGCCAACAUAUGAACGAAAAUUUGGACGGCGGGGCGAGCGUUUAAUUGCGGCUCUAGGCUCUGGUGGAGCCGCCAUUCGAGAAGUUUUGGUACCACAAAUUCGAUACCAUCGAUAUUACAAGCCUAGUUAAAUAAUUUAACAAUAUUUAUAAUAAGGUGGAGUUUGUGUAUUUAUGGAAUAAACUUAAGUACUAAACUCGACGUUUUUGGGUGGAUAUGUAGAGCA